AUGGCGGCUCUUGGCUUUCACAUCGUUGUCACCUUGAUCGUGGUCUGCAUUCUCUCAAAAUGUUCCACUCGUUUUUCCCUCGUCAAAGCCUACAUCGCGGCUCUUGGCUUUCACAUCGUUGUCACGUUGAUCGUGGUGUGCAUUCUCUCAAAAUGUUCCACUCGUUUUUCCCUCGUCAAAGCCUACAUCGUGCGUGGAUUAUAUCGUUUCGUUGCACCGAGUAACGAUGAGUUGCGAGCGCUGAUGCCCGGCAAAAAGGAAACAAAACCAAGGCAACGUCGGAAACAGAGAGAAGAAGAGGAGACCGAGGGCUUCAAUAUUCCGAAAAAUUUGCCUCUUCAGUUGAAGAUGGCGCCAGUGGAAGAGGUUGAGCUGCAGAAUUUCGCUUUCUAUUCAAGCGUCUUCUGGCUUUCACUCUACACACCGCUUGCUUGUUUUGUUUAUAUGAUUAGCGAGAUCUGGAAAUUCGUUUACCCGGAGAGUCAGGACACAAAUGUUUCCGUUUUUUGGCUAAUCAUUGGAGCCGCCUUCACUUUACAGAUUCUUGCUCAACUGACUGCUUUCUAUUGGACAGCUGAUGAUGAACGGGGUCUUCUCCUUUCAUUCGGCGCUUUAUACUUUCUCGGAUCGGUGAUGGUCGCCUUGUGGGCUGAUCGCAUUCUUGACAUAAAUCUGCUGAAAGCCUACGAUCAUUUCACCGCACAAGCACAGGCGGCUAUUUCUCAAGAGAAUUCGGGGUCGCCGAUUGAAGUGAUCAACAAGAAUCCGCUUCUGUUGUAUUUGUCAUUAGCUACCCUUUUCUCUCUCCUCUCCACGAUGCUCGUCUUCCCGAAUUUCCGCUACGCCACAAUGUACUCUCGAGCGCUGAUCGUGGCCGAUCCACUCAACAAAUUCCUCUUGCACCUUUCCUUUUUGAUGCCCUCAUUGUGUUUAUUGUUAUUUUUGAAGCCAAUAAAGUUCUACCUCGUCGACGGUCCGAGGCAAUUACUCACCGAACCUCAACUCGAAAUCCUCCGCGUUUACGUGACAAUCGGAUCACUAUUGUGCAGACUCCUCCUCCGGCGUGCUCAUCUCCAAUCGUUUCUCGAUCUCAGCUACGAUAAAUUAUAUCAGCUGCAACGCGAGAGCGGUCACGUGAGAAACGUUCAUCUACAGAGUAUGAUCUAUCGAUACUAUUCCUAUCUCUGCGCGGCAGUUGUCCAAUAUUUGACGCCUGCUUUGCUCUCAUUCUUCUUCGCAUUGUUGCUUAAAACGACAGGUGAGCUCUCAUGGUUGGGUACUCGAAGCGAAACUCUCGUCGAAGAUUCCGCAGAUGUGCCGCGUCUCUCGCUUCGUCUCCUCUUCGACAAAUCCGUUUGUAAGGCUUGUUGGUCUCUGGCUUUAGUCAUCACUACCGGUAUCAAUUUCUCGAUUUCCCUCAUCGGCCUCAUUUACAACUCGUAUUCCGGCUUA